AUGUUAAUACUACUGAAUAUGGCUGCGGAACUACAGUAUAAAGCUGAAUUAAUCAAUGGUAAACCUGUUCUUUACCAUAGAAUUACACCUGACUCCGCCUGGCGAGACAUUACACACACUAGACACAACCUUGACAAUUUGGAACUCUACGACUUGAAUAUCAAGUUAACCACAGUGUCACAAUGUUCAACAGAGUUAUCCGGUCUCCUGUUUAGGAUAUUCCUGAACUUCCUCUGCUACCACUUUAAGCUGGGUGACAAGUUAUUAUGGUCCUACUGUGCAGAGCCUUUUCAUGGAUUACCAAUCCAAAUCCUAUUCAAUCUCAAGAACAACACUAUGUCAUUACUAUUUAAUGGUAACAGAUUAAAGAAUUUGAAUAUGAAGGGGUAUGAGUGUACUGACUGGUUGAAGCCUGGGAAACCACUGAAAAAAUUCAAGACUAGAAGAAUAAUAUCACAUGAGGGAAAGUUAGUAGAGCUGUUUGGUGAGGAUAAACCAUUAUUACAAAUGGUCGUUGAAAAGGAAAAGUUUUGGGAGUACAAGGAAGGCCCACUGCCAAUCUCACGUAUUUCACAAUUGCCGCAGUUCGCCGUUACACUCGUUUUCCCAAUUAAUACUCCAGACUCAACCGAUAUCAAUCACCAACCAAUCACCUUCAUUGUUACUCCCACACUAAUGCCAUAA